AUGGUUCUAGGAGCCAAUCCUCCAUUUGCUGUUUUUGAAGGAUUCAUUAAGAGGAUUUGGGGUAAGCUUGGCAUAGAUAGAAUUGCUCGAUUGAAUGCUGGGUAUACUCUAGUGAAAUUCAGAGAGGAAGCAACUAGAGAUUUGGUGUUGGAAGCAGGGGUGCUACACUUUGAUAGCAAACCAGUGAUUCUUAAGCCUUGGACUACUGAGCUAGACACGUUAAAGGCAGUGAAAUCUGUCCCAGUGUGGAUUAGACUUCCAGGACUGGGAUUGCAAUAUUGGGGGACUAAGUGUCUGAGUGCCCUUAUGAGUACAAUUGGGACUCCGAUUCUAGUGGAUAAAGUGAAUAAGGAUAGAUCAAUGAUGCAAUUUGCUCGAGUGUUGGUUGAGGUCGAAAUUACAGAGAAGAUCCCAAAAUCCAUUCAGUUUCUCAAUGGAAAGGGGCAGUUAAUGGAGCAAUUGUUAGAGUUUGAAUGGCUACCAACACAAUGUAAAGAAUGUAGGGUGUUUGGUCAUACUGAGAUGAUGUGUAACAGGAAGCAAACGGAAGUUUGGAGGCAGAAAAGCAGAAAGGAAGUGGUGGGAACUCAACAGGAUCUCCAGGAGCAGCAACAAGCAACUAAGGGUAAAGAGAUUUCUAAUGAGGGUCCUGAUAUUGGUCAACAGCAGGCAGAUGCUAGGGAAAUUAAAGAGAAUCAAGAUUUGGCAAAGUCCCCUGGUGUUGAGGCAAAUGCAAAACUGAAAGAUAAUCUGGUUUCCAUCGAAAGCAAUACAAAGGAAUGGGUCACACCUAAAUGGGUGGGAGGCAAAAGGAGGCCUGUGUCUAAAACUCAGCAAAAUGUAAAGAACUCAUAA